GCUACGUCAAGCUUACUCAGGAAGAUUUCGAGGACGACGAAUUUUACUCACUUGACGGUGCUUGGCCUUAUGAACAUAAUAUCGAUCUCGUAACCGCUAAACCAUACAAGAAACGUGCUUUAUCAGAAUCUAGACAAUACUACAAAAAAAUCCAAAAUCCAAGAUCCAGGAUGGAGAAUGCUCCUAUUGAUAAUGAACAACAAAACGCUAGAAGUAGCGAUGACAUAACAGAAGACAUUGUUGACGUUCCACGUAACACCUGGUCACAAAUUUUCCCUAAAAAAUUAAAAUCAAAAGGGACCGUGAAAGGAAAUGACAAAGAAUUAGAACUCUACAAAUCGGUUUUCGAACCUAUUCAGAAUCUACAGGAUUGGCAGCCUAGUGUUCCUCCAUUAACCGCAAAUCACGAACCGCCUCUAACACCAGAAUUAUAUCUUGCAAUAUUGGAUUCCGUUAAAGGUGCUAUAGCCGCUGGCACUCAGCCGAUUAGAAUCAGUCAAGGUUCUUCAGGAUCUUACUUUUGCCGUAAUAAGGAAGAGAGAAUUGUGGGAGUUUUCAAGCCGAAAAACGAGGAGCCUUACGGACACUUGAAUCCUAAAUGGACUAAAUGGAUUCAUCGUAAUUUAUUCCCGUGUUUUUUCGGAAGAAGUUGUUUGAUUCCAAACCUUGGAUACAUUUCUGAAGCGGCUGCAUCUCUUCUCGAUCGUCGAUUAAAUUUGAAUAUCGUUCCACUUACUGAAGUUGUCUGGCUAUCUUCCCCAUCCUUUCACUAUGAUUACUUAGACCGUCGUGCAGCAAGAUCAAAGAAAAAUCCGAAGCCUCUACCUGAAAAAAUUGGUAGUUUUCAAGUAUUUUUGGAAGGCUUCAAAGAUGCUAACGUUUUCUUGAGGGAGCAUCCAUGGCCUGAACAUAAUAAUAAUAAUGACAAUGAAAGAGUAACAGACAGCAAUGUGACUACAAGUGAAAGAUCGAAUAGUCGUUUGAGUCCACUUAUGUGUGGAAGAUCCGGCACGAUUGAUGACGAAGAUCUGAAUGAAUCUUAUCCCUUAGGAAAGAGAUUCUCUUGGACUGCCGAACUACAACAUCAAUUUAGAGAACAGUUUGAAAAACUUGUUAUUUUGGAUUAUUUAAUGAGAAAUACAGAUCGAGGUUUUAGUAAUUGGAUGAUAAAGUAUUGCGAGAAAGAUGAGCGCCAAUGUUUCACUAAUACACCACCUAAGGCAAAAGUCAUGAAAACGCCAGAUGCAUUAUCAACGGAAGUAUCCUCAACUGAUCAACAGGUACUACAGUCAUCAGAAAACAUCGCGUCGCCUUCCUCAUCAGAAUCAAAAUCUUCUCUUAAUAUUGAUCCUAAAGAAAUGGCGCACUCAACAUCUGUUCCCGAGAAUUCAGGGAAUAGCAUUCAUACUGAACCUUCAUCAUCUAUUCCAUACCCGCAUAUUCACGUUGCGGCUAUAGAUAAUGGCCUAGCUUUUCCUUUCAAACAUCCUGAUCAAUGGAGAUCGUAUCCUUAUGGAUGGUCUUAUCUUUCUGAGGCUCUUAUAGGCCAACCUUUCACAGCUAAUACUAGGAAUCACUUUCUCCCCUUACUUACUGAUCCUAAAUGGUGGAAGGAAACUGUAUCUGAACUUGGUCGUUUUUUCUCUAUUGAUGAUGAUUUUGACGAGGGUAUGUUUACAAAACAAAUGGCGGUGUUAAAGGGUCAAGGAUGGAAUAUUGUUGAAACUCUCAGUCAGCCUAACCAGGGACCACUAGAUCUUUGUGCAAGACAAAAUGCGAUGGUUUGGGAUGAGAUAGAUACAAUAGAAAUUCCUGGCGAUUCCGAUCUAAGUGAAAGUGAAAAUAGUAGUGCGAUUGAUAUUGCUAAUAGAGGUCGAGUUGGAUCUAAAAGGAUUAAUUCAUCAAUGGAAAUUAGUAAUCCAGAUUCAAAUCAAGCUACAUCCAGAAGAAGUUUGUCCGAAGAUGGUUCUAUAAGGAGAUCAUCUUUAUCCACCAGUGCUCCAGCUGCAUCUUCCAUUGCUGCUUCUGGUUCAAGUAAGCAAAAGUGGAGUGAUAGAUUAAAUCGUGUUAAAGAAAAAUUUAAUCUUGAUGGGAGAAAGGAUAAAAACUUUAUGGAGGGUAAAAGAACCAAAAAAGUCAUUGUUGAGAGGUUGGAAAUUUUGAAUGGUAGUACGCCAUUUUUUACUUGGUGUUGA